UUUGGGGGCCUCCCAUCAUCCCGCAGGCAGCUCGCGCUCUCUCCCGCAUCACCCCUCAGCCCCCCACCCGGCCCGUCAGAUUUGGCGCCCAGCUGACAUUCGCCCCUUCCGUGUACCUAACCCCACUCCAGCAAUCCCCAAACCCACAACAGUCCGCCCCAAAUCCUCUGAGGCCGCCGGCCGAGAGCCGGGGCGCCUUUUGCACCGGUGCGGCGAGCGCGGGGUGCAGAGAUCCUCGUAGCGCUGGGCUUGGGGCUCCCCGAAACGCCGGGCCGACUGCCUGGGAGUGGCCCGUAGCCCGCGAUCCAGGGCUGGGAAGCCUCCGCAGCGGGCCCGGCCCCCCUCCGGAGGAGCGCUAACCGCGGUGGGGCUGUUUUCCGAGGUGCAGAGCCGGGUUCGCGAUGGUAGCCUUGGGGUUGAGGUUUCCAUGGGAUAGGGGUCGGGAUGGGGGAGAGUUAGAGGGGCAACCUCCACUCAGCGCGAUUGCGAGAGAGCAGAGUUGCUGCCAGUAGCUGAAAAGCGGCUCAGGGUGGAGAACGGUUUUAGUAACAGGUACUGAAUCCCGAGAUUCAGUAACACUUGGAUGGGAUCCGUUUUCAUCUGCAUUUGAACCAUUAGAGGUACCAUGUGCAAUGGUUACCUAUAUCUAAUGAUGUGUAACCUCGCAUGACAUGGGUGAAUACUUUUUAGACUUUAGGGUUGAUUGUAGCUUGGCCAAACAGUAUGGGAAACGGACCGAAAAUGAAUGCAGGUUGUUUACUCUCUGCUUGUAUUUUCUGGUUACAGAUAAAGAUGUCUUUCUCCUUUUAACCGUCGCAGCAGAUUACUAGACACUAUUGACCAGAAAUAAAAAAGCCUUUGGAGGCCAUGUCGUCUUCGCGAGCACCUUUUUAGAACCAACCCUUUUCUGUGUUUUGGGAUCGCAAAUGUACCGUUUUCACAUGCAGAGCUACUACCGUGACUGUUGAAAAUGAGCUUGAAGGAACUUUUGCACUUUGAAUGCUCAGAUUUCCACUUGCAUUAGUUUAACAAAACUAAAUUCUGCUUUUUAAUUGACGCCUUUUUAAAAUACUAAAUUAUUUACUUCUUUUGCCUAGGUCUCUUUGUUGGCUAGUUAAAACAAAAAAAAAAUAUGGCCUUCUACAGUUAUAAUUCAUUCUUAGCUAUGUUGUGGACAAGAUUGCCCAGCCAUUAUGUCUAUCCUUCCUGCUCCCAUUCCCUAUCACUUGCGUUUCUCCACUUGCCAGAUUCUCAUUUCCGUACGACCUACAGAAGCAGGAAGUACUCCUGUCCCAGUCUACCAAGCACUCAAGUCCACCCUUUACGAGCUAGACUCACACAAAAACUACACACAACGUGCUGGCUACAGAAUAUCCCUGGUAAACCUCAGCCGGAGCAAACCCCAGGAAAACCUAAGCCAGCAAGCCUUCAGCCUCCCAGAGAAGCAAAGACAGAGACUGCAGAAGAAAGGCAAUCUUUUAGACAAAAAAUCAUGCACGAACUCAAAUAUUAUUACAAUGGAUUCUACUUACUUUGGAUUGACACCAAAGUUGCUGCCAGAAUAGUUUGGAGGCUACUGCAUGGACAGGCGCUAACAAGGCGAGAGAGGCGAAGGCUUUUGAGAACUUGCGCUGAUGUCUUCCGCUUGGUUCCAUUUAUGGUGUUCAUAAUUGUACCUUUUAUGGAAUUCUUGAUACCAGUGUUUCUGAAGCUCUUUCCAGACAUGUUGCCAUCAACUUUUGAAAGUGAAUCCAAAAAGGAAGAAAAACAAAAAAAGAAGAUGGCCGCAAAAUUGGAAAUAGCAAAAUUCCUUCAAGAGACAAUGACAGAAAUGGCGAAGAGAAACCGAGCCAAACUGGGAGAUGCCUCUUCCCAGCUUUUCUCCUAUGUAAAACAGGUCCAGACAGGCCACAAGCCCAGCACUAAGGAGAUAGUUCGCUUCUCUAAACUCUUCGAGGAUCAGUUAGCCCUGGAACACUUGGAUCGCCCCCAGCUGGUUGCCCUGUGCAAGCUGCUGGAGCUGCAGGCCUUUGGAACGAACAAUUUGCUCCGCUUCCAGCUCCUGAUGACACUGAAGUCUAUAAAAGCAGAUGACGAAAUAAUCGCCACAGAAGGGGUGAAGGCUCUGAGUGUGUCAGAGCUCCAGUCGGCCUGCCGGGCCCGAGGAAUGCGAUCACUGGGCCUCACGGAGGAGCAACUGCGGCAGCAACUCACAGAGUGGCUGGACCUCCACCUGAAGGAGAACGUCCCCCCUUCUCUUUUGCUCCUGUCACGCACCUUCUACCUAAUAGAUGUGAAGCCAAAGCCUAUUGAACUGCCACCAGAUAUAGAGGCCCUGAAGUCAAACCUUGUCGUGACGUCAACUACUUCCCCUGAGUCACAAGAGAAUGUUGUAGAUCCUGCGCCUCAGCUAAAGGGAACUAAGGAUGAAGAAUUUGUGCAACUGCCCCCAGAAGCAUCCCCACACAUAACAGCAGCAGCAGCCAUUUCCAAAGAAGCAUCCUGUUUUGUACCUAGAUCCUCCAAGCCAAAGCCCAGAAGACCUCACAGAACAGCAAGGCUGAUUCAAAAGGAGCCUAAGGACCCCUUGGAGCUGGGACUCACUCUCUCCAGCCACUGUUCCCUCAGCAGUGACAUCCGUGAAGGAAUUCUAGCUAAGCCUGUCUGGCGUGAGAUAAAGGAUCAGCCAUUAAGUCGUUGGAGGCCCCGUGACCAUUCCAGAUGUGUGAGCAGUGACACAGGCCAUUUAGAGAAGCUAUUUCUGUUAUAUAAUUGUCAUCCUACCAGACUUUGCAUAAAACCCACUCCCACAUGUUUUUGAAUG